AUGGAGGAGCUGCUUAAGAUCAAGUCCUGUUGCUCUUUGUUCUUGCUUUCCCUUUUGGCCUUCCUCCUUUUACUCCCUCCUUUUGCUGUUGCAGAAACUCACUACCAUGAGUUCAUUGUGCAACCAAAGCCCGUGAAGAGGCUGUGCAAAGUCCACAACAUCAUAACAGUGAACGGGAAGUUCCCUGGACCAACUCUAGCGGUCAGAAACGGCGAUUCCCUUGUCAUCAAAGUAGUGAAUGUUGCCCGCUACAAUGUCUCUCUCCAUUGGCAUGGGAUCAGGCAGCUGAGGAACCCAUGGGCAGAUGGGCCAGAGUUCGUGACCCAAUGCUCCAUAAAGCCAGGAGGCAGCUACACCUACAGGUUCACCAUUCAAGACCAAGAGGGAACCCUGUGGUGGCAUGCUCAUAGCCGAUGGCUGCGAGCCACCGUCUAUGGCGCUCUCAUUAUCUACCCCAAGCUCCCCUCUUCAUACCCUUUCUUAAUGCCCAAAAGAGAAGCCUCUGUUCUUCUUGGGGAAUGGUUCGACAGAGACCCGAUAAGUGUGCUGCGGCAGGCGCUUUUCACUGGCGCGGCUCCUAAUGUCUCUGAUGCCUACACCAUCAACGGCCAGCCCGGCGACUUCUACCGCUGCUCCGGCAAAGAGACGGUGAGAUUCGCGGUGGAUUCCGGCGAGACAAUUCUUUUGAGGAUUAUAAACUCAGCAUUGAAUCAGGAGCUGUUCUUCUCCGUCGCUAACCACCAAUUGACGGUGGUGGCCGUCGACGCGUCUUACACCAAACCAUUCACAACAAAUGUGAUUAUGAUCGGACCCGGACAGACCACCGAUGUCCUUCUGACAGCCAACCAACAACCAGCUCACUACUACAUGGCUGCCACCGCCUACAACACCGCCCUCAACGCCGCCUUCGACAACACCACCACCACUGCCAUCCUCGAAUACAAAAAUUGCCAGCAACACCAGCAGCACCCACCGCGACCCAUUAUGGCUCAGCUCCCAAAUUUCAACGACACCCCCACCGCCACCCGAUUCACCUCCCAACUCCGGAGCCCAAACAGAGUGAACGUCCCGACCCAAAUCGACGACAGCUUACUCUUCACCGUCGGAUUAGGCCUCAUCAACUGCACGAACCCAAACAGCCCCCGCUGCCAAGGCCCCAACGGCACUCGCUUCGCCGCCAGCAUCAACAACGUCUCCUUCGUUUUCCCAAAAUCCAAUUCCAUCAUGCAAGCCUUUUACCAGGGCGUUCCGGGGGUUUUCACCACCGACUUUCCGCCGGUUCCGCCGCUGCAAUUUGAUUACACAGGGAACGUGAGCAGAGGGCUUUGGCAGCCCGGUCGAGGGACCAAGGGUUAUAGACUUAAAUAUGGGUCAAAUGUGCAGAUUGUGCUGCAGGACACCAGCAUUGUAACCACCGAAGAUCACCCGAUGCAUCUCCAUGGCUACCAUUUCUACGUCGUUGGUUCGGGUUUUGGCAAUUUCAACCCAGCCACGGAUCCGGCGAGGUUCAAUCUCAUCGACCCACCGGUGAGAAACACGAUUGGAACGCCCCCCGGUGGUUGGGUUGCCAUCCGAUUCGUGGCUGAUAAUCCAGGGGCUUGGUUGAUGCAUUGCCAUAUAGACUCGCACCUUGCUUGGGGAUUGGCGAUGGUGUUUCUGGUUGAGAAUGGCGAAGGAGAGCUGCAGUCUGUUCUUCCUCCCCCGCCGGAUCUGCCUCCUUGUUAAGAACAUCUCUAUACUAUACAUUGGUUGAACCUCUCAAUCAUAUAAUCUUUGGUAUUAUUUUGGUGGAUUGGAA